AUGGGACAAGAUAGGGCCCUAGAGAGAUUCCAAAAAUUCUCUCCUCCUAAGUUCUUGGGAGGACCGGACCCUGAGAGAGUGGAGAGAUGGUUAGAAACUAUGAUCAAUAUAUUCGCUGCUCUAAACUAUGCGGAGGAUAGACAGGUGCAAUUUGCUAUUUUUCAGUUUGAGGGUCCAGCUAGGGUCUGGUGGUAUGUAAUUGGGGCUAAAUGGGAAAGAGAGGGGACUGCAUGGACUUGGGUGAAUUUUGUGCGAGAGUUUAAUGAGAAAUACCUUCCACCGAUAGUCCAAGAGAAGAGGCAAGAUGAUUUUAUUAAGUUUCGUCAAGGAACCCUAAGUGUAUCUGAGUAUGAGACUCAGUUCACAAAAUUAUCUAAGUUUGCUCCCAAAUUGCUAUCUAUGGAGCAAAGGAGGGUAAGAAGGUUUGUCCAGGAACUAAAUGUGGAAAUACAUGAGGCUUUGGCGGCGGCACAAAUUAAUACUUUUACGGAGGUUUUGGAGAAAGCCCAGAGCAUAGAAAUUGCUAGGGUACAAGUGAGGGCUUUUCAUGCAAAAAGGAGAGGUGUGCCUGGUGGAAGUCAAGGGCAGGGACAAGACGAUCUAGCUAUAUCACCCUGUAAGGUGGGUCGAGGGGAUGGUGGUAGGCAAAUUUCGGGAACACCUAAGGAAAUUACUCCAAGCGGAGCCUCGAGUGGAAAGGGACAAGCAAGAGGUGCCUCGCAAGGAGGUCAGACCUCAGCCCCUCGAGUAUCUUGUGGGAAGACCAAUCAUACUGAGGAUGAUUGUUGGCGAAAGGCAUGA